AUGGGAUAUUUGGCUCCUGAGUACAGUCCUACUGGCCGGUUUACAGAGAAAAGUGAUAUUUAUGCAUUUGGGGUACUUUUGUUUCAAAUCCUUUCUGGGGUUCGAAAAGUAAACUUAGGAAAAACUCAGGACUUCAUGGAUAGAAAUCUCCAUGGAAAGUUCUCUGAACCUGAAGCCAUCAGCCCAGAUUCUAUAGCAAAGCUGAGUAUGAUCCCUGUUUCCUGCUUAUUGGAAGUUGUGUUUGACAAAAUUAGAUAUUCAAGAGAUACAAAGCUCAGCAUUGCUCUUGUCCUCCUGGGUGUUGGCGUCUGCACAGUCACUAAUGUUAGUGUCAACACUAAAGGAUUUGUUGCUGCCUUUAUUGCAGUUUGGAGUACUUCUCUCCAACAGUAUUUUGUUCAUUUCCUUCCACGGAAAUACUCUCUUAGCUCAUUCAAUCUUCUAGGACAUACAGCACCAGCCCAGGCUGCAUCUUUGCUGCUAGUAGGCCCAUUUCUAGAUUAUUGGUUGACAAACAAGAGGAUUGAUGCCUUUAACUUCAACGUACCAUCUUUGGUGUUUAUAGUCCUUUCAUGCACUUUUGCAGUUGGAACAAAUCUGAGCCAGUUCAUCUGCAUUGGCAGAUUUACUGCUGUCUCAUUCCAGGUCCUUGGCCAUAUGAAAACCAUUCUUGUUUUGAUCCUGGGGUUCUUAUUUUUCGGGAAAGAGGGUCUUAAUUUACAUGUGGUCAUUGGCAUGAUUAUUGCUGUUGUUGGAAUGGUAUGGUAUGGCAAUGCUUCUUCCAAACCAGGUGGAAAGGAGCGUCACAGUCAUUCAUCUCGAAGCAGCCAGCAGAAGCAUGGUUCAGAAUCUUCUAUUACAAAGGUGCGCAGAUUUUGUUAG